AUGGCCAAUAAUGGGUCUUCUACAUCAUUAAAUCAUUUACACAACUCACAAAGAGAUCACGAAAGUAAUAAUCAACUCAAUAAAACUAUAGAUCAAAAUCAAAGGCGACCUAAUAAUGAUAAUAAUCAAAAUCAAAAAUCAAAAUAUCAUAAAUAUUCAAAAUCAAACAGUAUAUGGAUAUUCCCCGAGACUAUAGUAUUAAAUAAUACUCCAAGUCGACUAGAUAAACGUCCUAUAUCAUUAUCUCAUGAAUUAAGAUUAAAAGAAUCAAUUCAUGAAUUUUUAAUACGACUAGGUACAAAAUUAAAAGUUGAUGGUCCAACAAUAUUAGCAACAACUGUAUAUUUACAUAGAUUUUAUAUGAGAGUUCCAAUAACAGGAUCAAAAUAUUUUGUUACAUCAGCAGCUUUUGCAUUAUCAUGUAAAUUAAAUGAUAAUUAUAGACAACCAGAUAAAAUAAGUUUAAUAUCAUGUAAUUUAAAAAAUCCUUUACAACCAAUAAUCAACCAAAAAACUGGUCAAAAAUUACCACCACCUGUUAUUGAUGAACAAAGUAAAAUAUAUUGGGAAUGGAAAGAUCAAUUAUUAUUUCGUGAAGAAAUUAUUUUAAGAAAAUUAAAUUUUGAUUUAAAUUUUAAAUCACCAUAUCUUUUUCAAUUUAAAAUUUUAAAUAAAAUUCAUUUAGGUAUGGGUGAAAAAUUAUAUUUAAAAAAGAAAGAAAUUAUUAAAUCAACUAUAAAUUUAAUUGAAAUUUUAUCAAGUUUACCUAUAAUUUUAUGUUUUGAUAUUAUAGAAAUUUUUGCAACUUGUUUUAUAAUCAUUAUAGUUGAAAAUAAUAUGAAGAAUAAAAUUGAUAAUGGAAAUGAAAAUGGCAAUAGAAUUGAAAACCAAAAUGAACACCAAAAUGAUAAUAAUAAUGAUAUAAAAUUAUCUUCAAAUUUUAUAAAUGAUAUAUUAGAUACUGAUCAAGAUGUUAUAUUACAUUGUUUUCAAUUUAUAAAACAUUUAUUAAAAAUUUGUCAAGAAGAUCAAAAAUUUAUAAGUAAUAAAAUUGCAAGUAAAAGAAUUUUACCUAUAAAAACUGCUCAAAUUAUGGAAAUUAUUACAAGUUGA